AGUGCCGCGGCGGCCCGGAGGUGGCGGGAGGACGGCUCCGCGCUGCAUGCGGGGCGGGGACCAGGGGACCCGUGCGGGCCGCCUCCAGAGAAACCUCUGACUAUGUUACUUCACAAGGCAAAAGAACUGAGUGUGAUGAGGUUUUGGAUCUUGAGAUGGGGAGAUUCCUGGAUUAUGUGUGGUUGGCCUAGUGUGAUCACAAGAGGCAGAAGGGUCAGAAUCCUAUAAGGAGUAUAAGGAGAUUUGACGACAAACCCAGAAAGAGAGAGAUGAACAUGUCUUACUGCUGGCUUGAAGAUGGAAGAAAGAAAAGUAGGUGGCACCUAGAAGCUGGAAAUGGUCAGCAAACGUCCUCCCCAAGAGCUUCUGGAAGGAACCCACACUACUGAAACCUUCACUUAGGACUUACGACCUCCAGAACUCUGAGAUAACAAGUUUGCACUGUCUCAAGCCACUAUGGGGUGGCAGUUUGUUAAAGCAGCUUUAACAAUAGAUGAGGCUGCCAGCCUUGAGAGCACCACCGUUACCUGGUUGAAGAGGGGAGGGGAAGUCCAGCAUUGGCCUCUGCAGCGUGGAUCUCCCGGCCAGGCUCUCAGCUGUCAGGUGAGUCUCACCUCACACCUCUCAGAAGACAUGGACAAUGGCAGUGAAUGGAGCCAGGAGGACCCGGAGUGUCGGCUUGCCACUGAGAAACUGAGGGCAGGAAUCCUACAACCAGAACUCUGCGCCCCAGGAUGGAGGCUCCAGCCCAGAAGGCUGGGCAGGGAGGACUCCCCAAGGCCGAUGCCCAGGGUGCCUCCGGGGCCCGGGAGAAGAGGCCCGAGGAGCCGAGGCCCCUCGAAGAGGACCGAGCUGGGAGCCGCCCCAGUCAAAAGGGGGACCUGCGUGGAGCGGCGGGCGGUAGGACGACUCCCCCAGGCGGGGGCUCCCGGGGCUGCAGCCUCGGGGUGAGCCCCGGCCCGGGGACCCGGCACAGCGCCGGGACCAGACCCCUCGUGCGGGAGCCGUGCGGCCCCACCUCUUCUCUGAACCCUGAGCUAGUUAUCCCCGAGGGGCUGCAAGCCCGGGAGGGCCCCUGUAGGAGCCCAGCGCGUGGCGGGGACUGCAGCAGGAACUCCUGCCUGGCGUGGCAUCGCGGGGCGCCCGCUGGGGAGACGCCACCCGUGUGUGACCCCUGCCCGGAGCGGAUCCGGAACCACCCCCGGACUCAACUGUGUGAGGUCCACACGGACUGCUGGCCGUGCCAACCGGGGACUGGCGCUCCGACCUGCCCGAGGACCCCAAAGCCGACCUCCCGCGGGAGGAGCCCCUUGGUGGAGCAGCCCCGGGCUUGCGCGUGCGGCGAGGCCUUUGCGUGGAGGGCCCUGCGGAUCCCCCAGGAGAGGCUGCAGGCGACGGAGGAGCCCCGUCCGUGUGCCCGGUGCGGGAAGCGCUUCCGCCCCAACCAGCAGCAGCAGACGGGCAAGAGCCCCCCAGUGUGUCCUGAGUGCGGCCAAACCUCGCGACCUCGCCCGAUUGUCCCCGACCCCCCGGCCCAGCGACUGUACGCUUGCGACGAGUGCGGCAAGGCCUUCACGCGCACCUCCAGCCUGCUGCAGCACCAGCGCAUCCACACGGGCGAGCGGCCCUACGAGUGCGCCGAGUGCGGCAAGGCCUUCGUGCGCUGCUCCGGCCUGUACCGCCACCAGAAGACGCACUCGGCCGAGCGCCACCGGCGUGGCCCCGUCCUGGCCCGGCGCGCCUUCCGGCUGGGGUGCCCGCCCUGCGGGGACUGCAGCGAGCGGAGUCCCCGACGGGGGUCGGGAGCCGGGGAGAAGCCGUACGAGUGCGCCGACUGCGCCAAGGCCUUCGGGCUGUUCUCGCACCUCGUGGAGCACCGGCGCGUGCACACCGGCGAGAAGCCCUACGCGUGCCCCGAGUGCGGCAAGGCCUUCAACCAGCGCUCGAACCUGAGCCGGCACCAGCGCACGCACAGCAGCGCCAAGCCCUACGCGUGCCCACUGUGCGAAAAGGCCUUCAAGGGCCGCUCGGGCCUGGUGCAACACCAGCGCGCGCACACCGGCGAGCGGCCCUAUGGCUGCUCCGAGUGCGGAAAGACCUUCCGCGGCUGCUCCGAGCUGCGCCAGCACGAGCGCCUGCACUCGGGCGAGAAGCCCUACAUCUGCCGCGACUGCGGCAAGGCCUUCGUGCGCAACUGCAGCCUGGUGCGCCACCUGCGCACGCACACGGGCGAGCGGCCCUACGCGUGCGGAGAGUGCGGCCGCACCUUCAGCCAACGCUCCAACCUCAACGAGCACCAGAAGAGGCACGGGGGCCGCGCCGCGCCUUGACUGCAGGGAGCCGAGAGUCGACGCGUCGCCCAAGCGAACCCUGCGUCGAGGAGGGGCCUUUGUCCCGGAAAACCCACCAACGUUUGUAACCUUGAUUAAACUUCUCUUUGUACA